AUGAAGCCUCUACUAAUAUCUCUCGGAUACGUCAUUUCACUCCUCAUUUUCCAAUCAGGUUUUCUUCUGAAGCGCAAAGAGCUUCACAAUCGCUCGUCGUGCAGUGAUGUACGUGUCUCCACUAAAGAUUGUUGGAUGCAGCCUAAAUUUGGACGGGUUAUUUUUGUCGUUAUUGAUGCUCUCCGAUAUGAUUUUCUGGCUCCAGCACCCCCAGCAAGCACCGCACCCUAUCUGGGCCAGAUGAAAUUCGUGCAAUCCUUGUCGAACUCGUCGAUAUUGAGCCCAAUCAUGGCCGAUCCGCCGACAACGACUCUGCAAAGAUUGAAGGGAAUGACUACUGGUACCCUGCCCACUUUUAUUGACAUCUCAGACAACUUUUCGCCAGACGCCAAUAUUCACGAAGACAAUCUCCUCGACCAACUACGAUCGCAAGGAUUAAAUAUUACAUUAAUUGGCGAUGAUACCUGGGUUUCUCUGUACCCCAAGCGUUUUCACCGUGAAUACGCGAUGCCAUCUUUUGACGUUCACGAUCUACAUGGGGUUGACGAUGGAAUCAUGAAAGUGUUACCUGACGAGCUCUCCAAAAAUGACACCCAAUUUCUCAUCCUCCAUUUCUUGGGAGUCGACCACUGUGGGCAUCGCUAUGGCCCUGAACACCCGGAAAUGGCGCGCAAGGUU